AUGGAGGAACCGUGGUCCCCCGUCGCUUCGGUGGCAGCUACUCGCGCAGCUAGUCCCACAGAAUCCGUGAACAGUAUCGCUACCGAGGAUGGCUUGCGCACUCGGGUCAUACUCGUAGGAAUAGGCGGAGCGACGUGUUCCGGGAAGACAACGUUGGCGAAGCAUCUGCGACAUAUUCUUCCAGGUAGCAUGAUUGUGCAUCAGGACGACUUCGCGCCGCCAUCCGAACUGAUCCCGAUGCAUCCCGUUCACAACGUGCAAGAUUGGGAUUCUGCACCCGGUGCCAUCGAUUGGCCGCGGCUCGCGGCCUUUCUGCGAUAUCUGAAGGAACACGGCGGAGAGUUUCCGCCGGGUCAUUACAGCCAUGAUCAUCUCAACGAGCAAAAAGAGUGCCCCAUCCCUGCUGCCCUGGUAGAAGAUUGGACAGGGAUCUUCGAACGCGUAAACGAAGCAAGCCGUGUGCGUGGCGAGAAGAUCGUAUGGAGGAUAGUAGACGGCUUCCUUCUUUACUGGCACAAGGAUGUUGUCGACCAAUUGGAUGUCCGGGUAUUCCUUCGCGUCCCUGGAGACGUUUUGAAGCAGCGACGCCACGAGCGCCACGGAUACCACACCGCAGAAGGGGCGCUGUGGCGUGAUCCUCCUGGGUAUUGGGAGCGAAUUGUAUGGCCCGCCUACGUGGACGCCCACGAAAAGCUGUUCGUCGGCGGUGACGUCGAGCACGGGCUGCCAAAGCUCAGGCAUCGUCGCAUCCCGGACGUAGUCGAAGAAGACGUCUCUAUGGGCGAGGUUGAGGAGCCAGGGCAGGAAGGAGGGGUGGAUGGAUUGGUACUGAUCGAGGGGAUGAAGGUUAAUAUGGAGGAGAUGGUCCGGCACUGUUGCGAAAUCCUGCGCGAGCAGGUGUCGGAAUAUAACUCAUGA